UUUUUUUUUUUUUUUUUGACGGGUGAACGUAACUUCCCAAGAGUCCAGUCCACCUUCGUUCUCGAUGAAAAACUAAAUCGGCGGCUCCAUUACCUUAGGGCGUCUCUGCGUAUUUUCAAGCCUUACAUCAUCGUCCUUACAUCAACAUCUCGUUCUUGACAAUGCAGCCGGGCAUCUCUAUCUGCCGACAACCCACGCAUGACGAUUACCAACGCCAAUAAUGAGCAAUCUCACCACCCUGCCUCUGGCCUUUUGCAUGAGGAAAGUUACAUUGCGCACGCCUGGAUAUCCCCCCUGCCCCGGCGCGGCUUCCCCGCAAUCGCCGCCCAAAGCGGACGAGCCCGACCGUAACGCGUAUUUUCCCCGCUAGAAUAUCGACGAACCCCUGAGCUGCCGUCGCCCAGCCCCUGAUUCCACGAUUUGGAAAGGCUUGGCCCGAGGCGCUCGCAUGCCCUCGUGCCUCGGCGUCGUUUAGGGGGGAGAGCUCGCUUAUCGUACAGGACGACAUACAACGCCACCCCGCAGGUAAUAAAGAGCCGACGGGGGAACGCUCUUUCUCACGAUGCUGCUGCUGGCGUCUCUCCCUCCCCAUCCGGCACUUGGUCUCUCAAGGUCCGACUGAGGAAGAAAAAGAGAACCACACAUUCUUUUUUUUCACUUCCAGCCAGCAACCAUGCGCGCGCCCUCGACAUACCUGGGCCUCGCGCUCCUGACCACCGCCGCCGCCGCAUCGCAGACGUGCGACCUGCUCAAGGCCGGCGGCAGCGUCGACGUGCAGACGGACCGCUUCGCCAUCCCCAAGGCGCCCUACGCGGCCGAGCUGGACGAGUACUGGUCGCGGGCGUCGGCGGACCUCAAGCCGGCGUGCGUGGUGCUGCCGACCUCGGCGCAGCAGGUGUCCGAGGUCGUCAAGGCCCUGGGCGCGUCGGGCAACAAGGACACCUUCGCCGUCAAGGCCGGCGGGCUCAGCGCCAACGACGGGCACAACAGCGUGCGCGACGGGGUGCUCGUGUCGGUGCGCCGCCUGACCGAGGUGCGGUACGACGCCGACAAGAAGCUGGUGCGCGUCGGCACCGGCAGCCGCUGGACCGAAGUGCAGCGCGCCCUGGACCCGCACGGCGUGACGGUGGCGGGCUCGCGCGUCGGCGAGGUCGGCGUCGGCGGUUACAUGAACGGCGGCGGCUUCUCGUUCCUCAGCCCGCGCUACGGCUGGGGCGUCAACAACCUCGCCGCGGCCGAGGUGGUGCUGGCCGACGGGUCCGUCGUCACGGCCUCCAAGACGGAGCGCCCGGACCUCUUCGCCGCCAUCAAGGGCGGCACCAACAACUUCGGCAUCGUCACCGCCUACGUCAUGGACGCCAUCCCCAUCGGCCAGGUCUGGGGCGGGCUCAUGUUCUUCACGGGCGGCAGCGACAAGGCCGACAAGAUGCUGGCCGCCAUCGCAAAGUUCACAAACGAGUACCCGGACCACCCCAAGGCCGCCAUCAUCCCGACGGUGCAGCUGGUGCUGUCGGGCCUGAUCGAGCUCUGGGUCGUCUUCUUCUUCUACGACGGCCCCACGGUGCCCGAGGGCGUCUUUGACGACUUCAAGGCCCUCCGCCCGCUCCUCAACACGUGCAAGACCCAGAGCUACGGCGACCUGCUGGCCGGCAACAGCGCCAUCGUGCUGCGCGGCACGCGCUACAAGGUGGCGACCGAGACGGCCGUGCUGCCGACCGACACGUCGCCCGGCUCGAUGCUCAAGGUCAUGCGCGCCUACUACGACCACUGGAGCAAGGUGUCGCGCGACUACGGCGGCAUCCUGGGCCUGACGAGCAGCAUGGCCAUCCAGCCCGUGCCGCGGUCCAUGGCGGCCGCGGCGCGCGCGAGGGGCGGCGACCUGCUGGACAUGGACGCCGACGCCGACCGGCUCAUCUACGAGUACGACCUGUCGUACCUGGCCAACUGGGACGACGGCCUGGCCGAGCGCGCGGCCGACGACAUGACCAAGGGCAUGAAGGCGCUCGUCGACAAGUUCGCCGCCGACGGCGUCACCAAGAACGCCUUCCGGCCCCUCUUUGCCAACGACGUCUACCGCACCCAGGACUACUUUGGCCGCCUGCGGCCCGAGAAGCGCCAGCUGGCCGCCAAGGUCGCCAAGGAGGUCGACCCCAACGGCCUGUUCCGCGACAGGAUGGGCGGGUGGAAGGCUUGAUUGUGGGGGGGCUGAUGUGUGGCAGGGGGUGGGGUGGUGGCUGCGUAAGGAUGUAUAUUUAAAAUGCUAUUCGUAAUGCAGAUGACUGUUGAUGAUAAUGCAUCCAUCUGUCCA